AUGGAGGGCGAUUUACGUUUAUUUGAGCUAGCGAAAUCUGAAGAGAGUCAAGGGAAUCACGACAAGGCUUUGGAACUGUAUUCAUCUUUCAUAGAUUUCACAAGCAGGGACAACCAAUCUGACAACAAUGACUCUUUGAAACAGACACUCGCACUGGCCUAUAACAACCGUGGUUACCUUCGAUAUUUACGUGUGGAUUUUGAUGAAGCUGUCGAGGAUUUCACAAAAGGUAUUAACCUUGAUCCUGGUCUUGCUGUGGCUUAUUACAACCGUGGCACCAUUCACUACCGCCUUGGGAGGUUUGACACUGCGAUUGCAGAUAUGAAAGCUUCCCUGAUGAAAAAUCCAGACUUUACAGAGGCAAAGACAGGACUGGAACAUUGUUUAGCCGACAGACAGGAAAAGCUGGACAGACCAUGGUGAAGCUGAAGAGAACUCUGUCAAGUUGGAAAGAACUUGGUGAAGUUGGACAUAACUUGGCAAAGUUGGACACAACCUGGCAAAGUUGAACACAGCCUGGUGAAGUUGGACAGAACCAGGUCAAGUUGGACACAACCUGGCGAAGUUGGACACAACCUAGUGAAGUUGGACAGAACCAAGUCAAGUUGGAAAGAACCUGGUGAAGUUGGACAGAACCAGGUCAAGUUGGACACAACCUGGCAAAGUUGGACACAACCUGGUGAAGUUGGAAACAACCUGGCAUAGUUAGACACAACCUGGCAAUGUUGGACACUACCUGGUGAAGUUGGACACAACCUGGCAAAGUUGGACUCAACCUGACGAAGUUGGACGCAACCUUGCAAAGUUGGACACAACCUGGUGAAGUUAAACACAACCUGGCAAAGUUGGAAAGAACCUGGUGAAGUUGGACACAAUCUGGUAAAGUUGGACACAACCUGGCAAAGUUGGACGCAAUCUGGCAAAGUUAGACACAACCUGGCAAAGUUGGACAGAACCAGGUCAAGUUGGACACAAUCUGGUAAAGUUGGACACAACCUGGCAAAGUUAGACACAACCUGGCAAAGUUAGACACAACCUGGCAAAGUUGGACACAACCUGGUGAAGCUGGACAGAAUCUGUUAAAGGUGGACAGAACCUGAUCAAGUUGGACACAAUCUGUUAAAGGUGGACAGAACCUGUUAAAGUUGGACACAAUCUGUUAAGGUGGACAGAACCUGGUCAAGUUGGACAGAACCUGGUCAAGCUGGACAGAACCUGAUGGUCUCAGUAACUAUAUUCCAUAUAAUGGCAAACUGUGUCUUAUUUUCUGCCAAAACCAAUUCAUUAUUUCCAGAGACGACAAGGAGAAAGCAGAGCUCACUAGAACAGUUUAGAUUUGGUGCAGGUUAUCCAUUUUGGACACAAAUUCAAUUAGGUACAGGAAAGGCCAAAGAGUUCAGAGUGACAGAAACUGUUGUUGUAUCAGUGAGGAUAUCUUAUCUAACUAAUUAAGCAUGAAUGUUUUCAGCGAAACCUACAAGUCAAUACCUAUCCCUGUGAAUGAACUGAUACACAUCGGAGUGUUAGAAAUAACCAAAGAUCACAGACAGUGAAAGUCAUCAAACAAGAGGGGCCUUUCAUCAUUGAAUGUAACUAAUAAAAAAGCUAGUCUAGCUAGCCGAAACAUGUCAACCUAAUAAAACUACCGAUUACGGAA